AUGCCAUCAACACGUCUUGUUAAACGUAAUUGGGAAGAAGAUAUUAUUUAUCAUAUUCAAUUUCCACGAUCAGGAUGUAUACCACAAAUAAGUCCAUUUGCUCUUAAACUUGAAACUUGGCUUAGAGCAACAAAAUUAAAUUAUCAUAAUAUUAGUAAUAAUUUUACUAUUUUUUCUCAUAAAGGUCAAAUACCUUUUGCUGAAUUAAAUGGAAGACAAAUAGCUGAUUCAAAUGCUAUUAUUGAACAUUUAAAAGAAAAAUUUACUUGUGAUAUUGAUAAUAAUCUAAGUGAAGAACAAAAAGCUAUUGGAAGAGCCAUUAGAGUAUUAGCUGAAGAAAGUUUAUUUAGAGUUCUUAUAUUUAAUAGAUCUAAACAUAUUGAAUGGAUUGUUGGUUCAGAAGGAUUUGGUGAUGUUGUAUCUGGUUUGAAAAAAAAAUUUUUUGAAAAAUUUGGUUUAAGAAUGUUUAAAAGAAAGUUAGAAAAUAAGUGUCAAGCUAAUGGAAUUGGAAAAAAUAAGGAACAUGAGGUUGAAGAAAUGUUAAAAGGAGAUCUUAAGGCAUUAUCUGUUUUACUUGGUGAUAAACCAUACUUCUUUGGAGAUUCUUUUACUACAACAGAUGCUACAGUUUUUGGACAAUUGGCUCAAUUUUAUUAUACACCAAUAUUAAAUAAACAGGCAAUUGUUAAAUUUAUGGAUGAAGAGACACCAAAUUUAGUUGAAUUUAUAAAAAGAAUAAAAGAAACAUAUUGGAGUGAUUGGGAUGAGUUAACUAAAACUAAAAAACAAAAUUUAAGUGAUCCUGAUGUAGUUGUUAAGCCUAAAAAAGAAAAAAAGACAAAAAAAGAAAAAAGUAAGAAGGAGGAUAAGAAAGUUCUUGUUGAAGAUACAGAUGGUGGAAAGGAAGAAACUAAAGAUGAAGAAAGUAAAACUGACGAGACCAAAGAACAUGAAAAAAAGGAAUCUGAAACUGAGGAGAAAAAGGAAGGGAAUGAAGAAACUGAGGCACAGACUUCAACAGAAGAAGUCAAAAAAGAUGAUGAAAAAGUAGAAGACAAUAAGAAAGAAGAAAUAACUAGUAAUUAA